AUGCGGCCGAAUCUUUUAGCAAGUCGGAGGGCCCCGUCUUCGAUUGCAAAACAUAGCGGUCACCUCGACAUAUUCAAAUCUUAUAAGACACUGCGAUGGGGGCUUUUUGAGCAGCAGCGUAGCCCCGAUACUUGCCCACGAUCUGUCCCAACGCUCCGACAUACGUCUUUACCGAAUACAAGCUCCUCGUACGUCCCGAUCGUGAUCUCUCAGCCAAAGCGAUAUUUUUCCGAUACCGCUCGCAAAGAAGGCAUAUGGGAUGACGACGAUGAAGUCCCAGAGCCAAAACCAGUGCAACGAAUUCCAGGGCGGCCGGCCUUUGUCCGCCCUACCCGACAUCGAGACUUGGGCAGCUUGGUUCGAUCGAGAGUAGACGGGAAAAAUCGAGUCGCUCAACGUCUGCGCAUUGAAAAGGAGUUCAAUUCGUUACCUCCAUAUCAGGAACUUGUUGAGAGCUUUAUCCAAUUGAAGUACAAACAAGUUGAUGACCUUCUUGAUGAAUCCCUCAAGGCCAACCUAGCCUAUCAAUCUGAAUAUGGAGCUCUCUCGUCAAUAUUUCAAAACCGAAUCAAUGAUGUGGUCUCCCGGAUAACAAAACAGGUUCUCCAUGCCGAAAAGACCACCCAAGAAUGUGUAACUGAAUUGGAAAGCCUGUCAAGCUUCAUCAGCGCGCACAUCGUAACUGUGGUCUCGGACAACACGGAAAAAGUUCUACAAGCAGAGAAUACCGGUCGAAUGAUCGACCAUGACUUCUGCUGCAUUGUUUUUGGUAGAACUCCAAAAUGGGAAAAAAAGCUGGAAAUAUCUGCCCAGAAGAUCCAUGGUUGGAAGAAGUCUCUUCGUACGGCUCAAAAAGCACUCCUGCCAGCCCUGGUCGACAUUUCUGAGCUGUCCAUCUGUCGGUUGAGAGACACUCUCGAUAAUGAUUACCUACGUCCCCGGAAUACCGCAAGAAGUCGAAUUGAUAGAGUUCUUCAUGAAAGCAAAGUCAUUCAGAAGAACUACAACGAGUUGAAACUGAAACGUCUUAACACGCGAAUUUUCCCCAUCAGGGACCUUUGCUGGGAGCUUCAAAAAAGCUCGACCCUUCACCCAACCGAUAAAUGGGUGUUUGGCCAGUACAAAGAAAUCCUUGAGCGUAGUGAACGCGAGCUUAGUAUAUGCGCGCAUUAUCAUCGUGCCUUCUGGCUCAGAAGGCAAGAGGCUUUGCAUCCACUUCGACGAAGUGAACUAUGGAAUUUGAAGGAUGUCAUGGCCGAAGCUUCAUCUGCACGUUCUCACAAAGCUACCGACAAGCAAGUCUUACUUGCGCUUGCACUGGGUGCCCCAAAGAACUCACCGGCGAGUCAGUACUUACACAACAAUCCACUCAUGAUAUCCAACAAGAUUUAUCUCGAAUACAAGCGUCUUUGGAUGCCAAAACCCGCACGCAGCCCUGAGCUACAUAUCUACUGGCGGCAGCUGGAUGUAAUAGCGCCACUGCUCAUGAUUGAUGUUCUCACGUGGGGGCUUCAAAAUGAAGUUUGGUACCUCCACCACAGCCUCAAAGGUGAUCUUGGGACAUUGUGGACUUGGGUCACCAAGGAGACUAUGGAGCACGCUGUUCCAAAAAUAGCCGACUGGUGCAUAGAAUUCCAGAAACAUCGCAGCGAUCUUCGACAAUUGAUCUCUGAAUACAGACGUCUAAACUGGCUGCGUCUUCAAUCAGAAACAUUGCUACACUCAAUGGGACAACGCGUCUAUCUCGCUGGAAAGUUUGAAGUCCUCAAUCCAAUGAGCCAGGAUGUCCGUGGCUUCAAGAAAUGGACUACUCGCAUGGGUCAGCUCACUUCUGACGCUUAUAUCCCCGUAAUGGCCAUCCGGCAGACGCGAACGGAUUGGCAGUCUAUCCACAACAAAAUUAAUAGCGAGACCGGGCGGGCUUCUUCCUUUAUCCCCCACAUUUUAGAACUGGGUUCUUCGACGAAUAAGACCUGGCGUAAGAAGGGACGAGAGGAAUCCGAAUCUCCCAAGGCCAAGGCCGCUUUUAUCAAAUUAUCUCAAAGCCGCCUUUCAAGAUAUAUGAAAGGAAAAUUGCCAGCCCAUUCCGAGUUUUCGCCUGCCAGUCAGGGCAAUCAGGAGCCUGGUCAGGCUAUGAUACCCACAAAAGGUUCCUCGGGAAGGACAAGGCAGAUACUGAAGCGAAAAGCUGGACCUCAGCAUGCAGCUGAGUUAGCUACUAGCCAAGGUAGUCAAGAAGACAGCCGCCUCGGACACAACCUAGAUCCGAAUCCUUCGACAAUAAAAGCCGAGGACCACACAACAGUGGGCACGCUUGUAUCCAACCCACCCCCCGUCGAUGUGCCUGCGGGUCAGGACAAUCGGCAGGAUAGUCAGUUCAUCUACAAGCCGUCACUCAAAUCCCGGGAGAGAAAAUCGAGCCUCGAAGAGCCUGAGCCCAACCCGUUCCUAGUCAAGGCGCCUGCUAGGAAGACAAAUCAGGUGCCCAGUCGGCUCAUCUACAAACCAUCAUUCAAAUUCCGGGAGAGAAGAUAUAGAAGCCUCGACGCGCCUGAGUUCAACCCGUUCCUAGUUAAUGCGCCUGCUAGCCAGACGAACCUGGAAGUCCUUCCCAAGCCACCACCCAUACUCUCGAAGAGCAAAGAGGUGAGCCUCAGCUCGGAGACACAACUUGAUGGCCUCCGUCCACCAAUUCCAAGAGAAGCCAAUGGAUCCCCAAGCACACGGACACACAACGGACUACGGCCGGCAACCAUGCUGCCGAGGAAACCGUUCCCUAAACCAGAUCCAAACGGUGGGAGAAAGUAUAGUACGGAUGCAAUUUUCCACCAAACACAAUUUCGACAAAGCGGUGGUGUCAGCGAUGAUUCUCCAUCUGAACGGUCAAUUGAAACCGAUAUGACCUCGGUCCCAAAUACCGUGACUGGACAUGAGCCAGAAUCCAUUGAAGAAGAUGACUCCACAGAUGAACAACUCCCAUCUUCAACACCCCAGUUUUGGAGCCACAGCUCACAGCACAGCCCCGAUGGCCGGAAACUCAUCGUGCACUAUUGCCGGACCCUUCAAAGUACCGAAGAAGCUGUGCAACACUUCUUGGGGAGCAAAGUCAUUGGGUUCGACAUGGAAUGGAAGGCUCAAGCAUCCGGCUGGGACAGCAUUCAGAGCAAUGUCUCGGUGAUCCAAAUCGCAAACGAGGAGCGUAUCGCCAUCUUCCAGGUUGCGCUCUUCAAGCCGGCACGUUCUCUGGAUGACUUGGUUUCCCCAUCAUUGAAACGCCUCAUUGAAUCUCCCGAUGUCAUGAAAGUGGGCGUUUCAAUCAAGGCAGACUGCACGCGGCUGCGCAAGUAUCUUGGCAUCGAUGCCAAAGCCACUUUCGAGCUCAGCCAUUUGUACAAGUUGAUCAAAUACGGCAAAGACAAUCCCAAAUUGGUGAACAAGAGGGGCGUCAAUCUCAGCGAGCAAAUAAAUGAGCAUUUCGGUCUCCCUCUUGAGAAAAGUGAUGAUGUCCGCUGCGGUGAUUGGACACGGGCUUUGAGUUAUCGUCAGGUUCAAUAUGCCGCUACGGAUCCGUACGCUUGUGUUCGUUUGUUCUAUACCAUGGACGCGAAAAGACAAGCCAUGAACCCAAUGCCUCCUCGUCCUGCGUUCGCUGAACUCAACCAGCCCAUUGUUCUUCCGCUUGGACAAGCAGUCAACAGCGAGGAAGACCCAGUGGUCUGA